AUGACGAAAGGCUGCUACACUUGUCGUCGCCGGCGCAUCAUCUGCGAUAAUGGCCUCCCUACGUGUCGAAAGUGUCGGGAUGCGGGGAAAGAAUGCCUGGGCUAUCAGAAACCCCUCGUCUGGGUGAAAGGUGGUGUGGCCAGUCGGGGAAAAAUGAUGGGACGCAGCUUUGAUGAUGUUGCGCAGAACACUUCAGAUCGCAGUAGUGAGGAUGAUUCUAAUGCUGCCGCCGAUCCCCCGCCUCCCGAAGUUGGCGCCCAGGGUCAGGACAGUUUGGAUACUGAGACGAGCAUUUCCGUGGUGGAUCAUGUUCCCACGCCGCGGGGCAUGGUUGAUCCUUUAUUCAAAGACAUGGAUUCGGUAUCAAGGUUCUACAUCUCACACUGUGAGUUCUAG